AUGGCAUUUUCUUCUCAGUUCUAUGUUUUAUAUGUAUAUAUGCUUGUGCUCGGUUUAGCUCAUGCUCAAUUGUCCCCUCAAUAUUACGUGAAAACAUGCCCAAAGGCCCUAUCUACCAUCAAAACUGCUGUGCUCAAUGCUGUUGCUAAGGAGCAUCGCAUGGGUGCAUCCUUGCUUCGUAUGCAUGUCCACGACUGCUUCGUUAAUGGAUGCGAUGGAUCGGUGUUAUUAGAUGACAUAUCGCCAACUUUCACCGGAGAGAAGACUGCCGCCCCAAAUGCAAAUUCUCUGAGAGGUUUUGAUGUCAUUGAUACCAUUAAAUCCCAAGUCGAGUCCAUUUGCCCCCGAGUUGUCUCCUGCGCUGAUUUACUUGCUGUUGCUGCUCGAGAUUCAGUUGUUUCUUUGGGCGGUCCUUCAUGGCAAGUUGAGUUAGGUAGAAGAGACUCCACAACGGCAAGUUACAACGCUGCAACACAAAAUCUUCCGUCACCGUUAAUGGAUCUCAGUGACCUUAUAACUGCCUUCUCAAACAAAGGGUUUACUGCAAAAGAAAUGGUUGCUCUCGCCGGAUCUCACACUACAGGCCAAGCUAGAUGCAUGAUGUUUCGAGGCAGACUCUUGAAUGAGACCAACAUUGAUUCAACACUAGCAACAUCAUUAAAAUCAAAUUGCCCGAACACGGACAGGGACAACAGCCUCUCCCCACUGGAUGCUAACAGCCCUGUUAUAUUUGAUAAUAAGUAUUACCAGAACUUGGUUAGAAACAGAGGCCUUCUGCACUCAGAUCAGCAGCUUUUCAGCGGUGGAUCCACCGAUUCACUGGUCGAAACUUACAGUACAGAUCCUUUUGCUUUCUAUACAGAUUUUGCCAAUGCCAUGAUCAAGAUGGGGAAACUUGGCACUCUAACAGGAUGGUAG